AUAGGAUUUUGUUUCAUCUCCAAUUUCUUUUAUAAUAAAUCAAUUUCCUAUUUAACCUUUAUUCCUUCACAAUAUUAUCACCAAACAUUCUCCACCCCAUUAAGGUUGUUUCUACUAUAAACGGAGCGGCUCAUUAAUCUUGCAUUUUCUAUCCACAACCAUUAACUAACUAAAUAACUAUAACUAACCGUAGCUCCGGCCACCGACACCGCUACAGCGUCUUGUGGAUGUGGAACCCAAAUUCAGUAGUGGCAAGUUCUCAAGAAGAAGAUGAUUCAUGGGAGGUGAAAGCCUUUGCGGAAGACACAAGAAAUGUGAUGGGAACCACAUGGCCACCAAGGUCUUACACUUGCACAUUUUGCAAGAGAGAAUUCCGAUCGGCACAAGCUCUAGGCGGGCAUAUGAACGUCCACCGUCGUGAUAGGGCUCGUCUCCACCAAACUCAGCCUAACUUGGUAAACUCUAAUAUUUCAUCUGCUACUUCUUCUACUCUCUUGAUUCCAACUCAAGAACUUGUUGCAAAUGGUGGCCUAUGCCUUCUCUACUCUCUACCAAGACCUAAUGGACUUUUCGACCCUUCAUCUUUUAAUAAUGUCAAAGGCAAUCCCUCUACUCUUCUAUCCAUUUCACCUUGUCCCAAUAUUGAUGAAGUCAUUGAUUUUCCGACAGCCGUGGCUCCUCGUAGCUUCAAUUCUUCUUUGUCCAAUUCUGGCUACACCGAAGCAUCCACGUCCGCAAACUGUAAAAGCAAUGAAAAAGUUAGUAUCGACAAAAAAAGACGAAAGACAACUGAUUCAGCAAUUGAAGGUAUUGAUCUAGAGCUUCGCCUAGGAUGCAGCUCUUUUGGGUUUUGAAACACAUACAUAUAUUGUAUGUUUUUUUGUGUGUGAAUGUGUGUGUUUCUUUUCUGUUUUGUUAUCAAUCUCCAAUCCUUUUGUUUUUUAUCUGAUGGAGUUUUAUUUUUUGAUUUGUUCGUGAUUCUGAAAGAAGGAAAUUAAAUGAUAUGUCCCUUCUAUUUACACA